GGCGGGGUUUGUUCCGUGCACGUCGCUCGGGGCCGCGCAUCAGCCGCUGAGCCCAGGACGCGCGCACUCUGCUGCUCGUUCUUUGUCCUCUAUUGCAGCUGGUGUUCGCAGCUCCGCCGCACAGCGCAGGCCCAAAGUAGCGCAGCCGCUCUGAGUGUGUUUGAGAGAAACUGUAUCGGGUGAUGGAAGACCACACGGUGCAUCAGACAGGACACAUGACCACUAUCGAGGCCCACGCCGUCGCUCAGCAGGUCGGGCAGGUGCACGUUGCCUCGUACACGGAGCAUGGCAUGCUGAGCGCUGACGAGGAUUCACCCUCCUCCCCUGAUGAUGACGCUUACGAUGACUCUGAUAUCCUCAACUCAACUGGAACAGAUGAGGUCACCGCACAUCUGGCUGCUGCAGGGCCUGUUGGCAUGGCAGCAGCUGCAGCUGUGGCAACAGGGAAGAAACGGAAACGGCCGCACAUCUUUGAAUCAAACCCUUCAAUCCGUAAAAGACAACAGACUCGCUUGCUUAGGAAGCUGAGAGCGACUCUAGACGAGUACACAACACGGGUUGGCCAGCAGGCUAUUGUGUUGUGCAUAUCUCCCUCUAAACCAAACCCUGUGUUUAGAGUGUUUGGAGCUGCACCAUUAGAGAAUGUGGUGAGAAAAUACAAGAGUAUGAUUCUGGAGGAUCUGGAAAAUGCUCUGGCUGAGCACGCGCCCCCUGGUGGCGGAGAACUCACCUCUGAAUUGCCUCCACUGACUAUUGAUGGCAUACCGGUGUCUGUGGACAAGAUGACACAGGCCCAGCUCCGAGCAUUUAUUCCGGAAAUGCUAAAGUAUUCCACAGGCCGUGGAAAGCCUGGCUGGGGGAAAGAGAGCUGUAAGCCCAUCUGGUGGCCGGAGGACAUUCCCUGGGCCAACGUACGCAGUGAUGUCCGAACAGAGGAGCAGAAACAGAGGGUGUCAUGGACGCAAGCCCUGAGGACUAUUGUUAAAAACUGUUAUAAGCAGCAUGGGAGAGAAGACCUGCUCUACGCCUUUGAGGACCAGAUCACCACACAUCAAGUUACCACAACAGCCACACACAGCAUUGCUCACCUGGUGCCGUCACAGACCGUAGUGCAGACGAUCAGUAAUCCUGAUGGAACGGUCUCGCUCAUACAGGUUGGCACAGGAGCCACUGUAGCAACACUGGCAGAUGCAUCCGAGUUGCCAGGCACGGUGACUGUGGCCCAGGUCAAUUACUCCACAGUGACAGAUGGAGAGGUGGAACAGAAUUGGGCCACACUACAGGGAGGCGAGAUGACCAUCCAGACCACGCAACCGUCAGAGGCCACGCAGGCUGUGGCCUCCUUAGCCGAAGCUGCGGUUGCUGCCUCACAAGAGAUGCAGCAGGGGGCAACUGUUACCAUGGCACUCAACAGUGAAGCAGCAGCUCACGCAGUGGCGACAUUAGCAGAAGCGACUCUUCAGGGUGGAGGCCAGAUCUUGUUAGCAGGAGAAACGGCGGCCGCAGUAGGAGCUUUAACUGGCGUUUCAGAUGGCAGUGGUCUCGUCCAGAUUCCAGUCAGCAUGUAUCAGACUGUCGUCACCAGUUUGGCCCAGGGAAAUCGACCCGUUCAGGUGGCCAUGGCUCCCAUAGCCACACGCAUAGACAACACGGUAACGCUUGACGGACAGGCUGUGGAAGUGGUGACCCUAGAACAGUGACAUACUCUACCCCUGCAGGUGUGUGGGACAGGACAUACAGCGCCUAUGUGAAGUAGCUGCUGGAAUAUAGUGUAAAAAUUAUAUUUGAACCUGUUCACAUAUGUCUGCAGGGGGUUGGAACGUUUAUUCCUGUUUUUGUUUUUGUUUUCUAAGUGUUGUUAAAUUUAAUUUUUUAGGCUGUUUGAGAACUAUAUUGCAUACAGAGGAUACGUAGGAAUUACAGGCUAAUUGUUUUUCUACAAUUACAUGAAAACAAAAUCAACAUUUUCAGCCUUCAAAAACUA